AUGGCCAAGGCGCGAAGCGCAGCGGACCAGCCGCCGGCGCUGGCGGAGCUCGGCGAGGAGGAGGUGCUGUCCGCCCUCGAGGGAAGCGCAGAGGUCGGGCGGGGCGGCUUCGGCGUGGUCUAUGCUGUGGAGCUGCCCUCGCUGCCGGGUUGGGGCCGCGUCGCCGUCAAGCGGGCUCUGCACGGGGCGGAGGGCGGGGAGGUGAUGGCCGAGGUGUCCAACCUGCGGAGGUGCGCCCACCGGAACGUGCUGCCGCUGCUCGGCUACUGCGGCGCGCCUCAGGCGGCUUGCCUCGUCACCUCAUGCACAUCCCGCGGCUCGCUCGACGACCACCUCCUCCUCUCGCCCGACGCGCGGCUCCGGCUGCAGCGGCUCGGCUUCAGAGGCUCUCCAGGGCUGUCGUGGCCUCAGCGGCUGUCGGCUCUAUGCGACGCUGCACGCGCGCUGGAGCACCUCCACUUGAACCUGAUCCUGCACCGAGACGUCAAGACGGCAUCCGCCGAAGGCUGUGCGCCCUCGUCGUCCUUCUUUGUUUCCAGCCGUGGCGAGCUUGCCUUAGGCCAACAUCCUGCUCGACGGAGCGCUGCUGCCGCUGCAGACGCGAGGCGCGUCUACCGCGCCUUCCUCUCCGAUGUCGGGCACGCCAAGGAGCGGGCGGGCGGCUCGACGGCCAUGGCGACCCGAGCCACCAGCGCGUUCUACUCUGCUGGCUUCGCCGACCCGAUCUACGUCGACUCGAGCCAGCACUCGCGCAUCUCGCUGCUGAUGGCGCUGGCGGGUGUCGAGUCGCGAGGCCUCAAGAGCGCGUUCGAGGACGACGUGAUGGACAUGGCCGAAGGCGCGGACGGCGCGGGAAAGCGGCUGCUGAGUGCGGCGAGGCAGGCGGCGGCUUGGCCGGAGGCUGCGACGCGCGAGCUGGCGUAUCUCUCGCUGAUGGCGCGACUCGAGCGGAGGUACCAGGAGCGGCGGGGCGCGCCCCUGCCAAAGGGCCUCAGCGAGGAGGAGAAGAUCAACGCCCUCGUCCCGCGCCGCGCCGGCCCGCUCUGCGGCUUGGCGCACUCCCUCCGCCGCUGGUACAAUGCGGCGAGGCACGAGCGGGGGCAGUGGAGCGAGCGGCCGACCGACGAGGAGGUGGCGAGGGUGAUGGAGAGCGCGAGACGGGAGCUGGAGCGGUGUGGGCUGUAG